AUGGUAGGAAGUGGGAGUGGGCGAAGCCUUCUGAUGAAGAGGUGGACAGGCUCGCCGACUGUGAUCAACCCGUUCGAGAUCAAUCCAUUUGACUCCUCAGCUGCCUGGCCUAGCACGUGGCUGCAUGUGACAUGGCUGCUGCUUGUGACUGAAGGGCUGCUUGUGGCUACUGCUUGUUAUGAUCUGGGUUAUUUUCCUGCUAUCUGA